AUGGGGUAUAUAUUUUGGGAUAAAAGUAUAUCAAAGACUGAUCCCUCAUACGAAUAUAAAAGAUGGAAAACGGCAAAAGGAGCUAUAUUAUUUUCCGCUACACUUUUAGGAUUGUCACCUAUUUUAAAAACGUUGACAAAAGACACUAGUAGUGACACAAUUUGGGCAGUAACUGUAAUACUGUUUCUCGCAAACAUGUUAUUCCAUGAUUACGGCUCUGAGAAUAGGACAAACAUCAGGUAA